AUGGGGAAAAAGUUAAACAAGCAAGAAAAUCCCCUGAAAAGAUCCAUCAAGAGAAGAAUGAUUAAGAUGCUGUGGUUUAAAAAGGAUGUGAGGAGAAUGUCAGAAAUUAGUCAUCCAAAUAUUUUGAAGAUGCUGGGAUAUUAUGAAACAUUUAACCUUCAAAACAAAAGUGGGCUUAUACUUGAGUAUAUGCCUAGGGGAAAGCUUUGCAAUUAUCUGUUUGCGAGCAAAAAGCCUUUACUCAAAUGGAAGUCAAGGAUCGACAUUCUAUUGAAUGUUUCAAGUUCACUGGCCUAUUUGCAUGACACUGGGUUAAUUUAUGGAAAUUUGAAGUCCGAUAAUAUAUUGCUAGAUUCAUUAUUUGUUUUAUAUUCAGAUGAGAAAAGGCAAAAAAGUAAGAAAACCCCUGAAAAGAGCAAUCAAGAAAAGAAUGAUGAAGACACUGUAGUUCGAAAGGAAUAUCAAGUUAUGGAGUGCUCCUUUGAUCAAAUGAAACAAUUCUUUAGGCAACUAAAACCUUUGGGUGGAGAAGCUUUCCAAGUCUACAGUGGAAAGCAUUUAGUUGCUGUCAAACAUUUUGCCAAGUCUGAUAAAGUUCUUAAGGAUGCGAGGAGAAUUUGUCAUCCAAAUAUUUUGAAGAUACUGGGAUAUUAUGAAACAUUUAACCUUCAAAACAAAAGCGGCCUUGCUCUUGAGUAUAUGCCUGAAGGAAGUCUUUACAAUUAUUUAUUUGCGAGCAAAAAACCCAUACUCAAAGGGAAAACAAGGAUCAACAUUCUAUAG